AAACUGAUGAUGACUCUACUGCACAAACUGAUAUCUUUAACAAUAUUAAUUUUAUCUCUCAACAUCAAUAUCAACAACUUCUAUCUGAACAACAAAUUAAUCAAAAACAACAACAUGAAUCUAACAAUAAACAAACCCAACAACAACAAACCCAACAUCCCAAAAAUAAAUCUAUUGUAG